CCCAAAACACGAAUCUAUUUAGUCUUAAGCGGUGAAGGAGUUAAAAUUCAUGGCUGAAAUUAUUCAUGUGUUCAAGCACGGUUGAUGUAAUUACAGUAUGGUGUGCAAGGGCGGAGAGUGCCCCUCUAGGCAUCGAUAGUGACCCGCCCAUCACCGCACCCACUGCUCGCUAUAAAAGAAAUCCCACCAUUGCAGUUUCUCAGCAGCGGGCCGACGUCGCUCCGGUGAUUUGCUCCUGCCUGCCCUUCCCCUUCAUUCUCCGUGGAUUCUGUGAGGAAAAGACUUACUAUUCCAUCUUCAAAGUACUAAAAACACCUCUCUCAAGCUAUAAAAUACGAAUGCUUUCAUGAGAUUGGCCAGUGAUGCUUAUUAUGGCAUGAAGACUUUAGGCAUUGCUUGUAGGGGCGAAAUGAAAACUCUUGUAACACUUCAAGUCCUGCUGCACGUCGCUCAUUCACUUGUUGUGACGUCUGACCAACCAGGAGUGACCGUGGAAGCGGUGAGGGCAGUGCUGGGGCCAUCAGAGAAAGUGCAGUGCGUCUUCCUGGUUCUCGCCCACGGACCCAUCUCACAAAGCAUUUAUGAGAUAUUCAUCCAUUAUGGGACUCUUGUCGGGAUGUUCGAGGUGCGGGCGGUGGGUAGGGAAGGUGGCGGCGCGUGGUUCACACCCUUGUCUGAGGUGGUCGUCCGCGCCAGGCAGAUUCGCCGUGGGUCUUGGUGCGUGACGGUGGUGGUGGUGAGUGAAGACCUAGAGUUCCUCGCCGCUUUCGCCAAGUCCUCGCUGCAACACCGCCUGCUGGUAUGGACCACGAGGCUCCUUGUCGUUACCCGCCUGACGCUGCAGCAGGUGCACCGCCUCCUCUCUUCCCACUGGACUUUCUCCAUGAUGAACGCCAUGGUCCUCAACCAGCAGCAAGAGUCUUCAGGAAACAGGUUCAGCUUGUAUUCACACCUGCCGUACAGCCCCCAGGGUGGCCAGGUGGUGCAGGCCGCUUCGUGGAGACAGCCCGCACAUCGCUCCUUGCACAUUAAAUUUUCCUCUCUUUUCCCAGAGAAAUUUUCGAAUUUCUACGGUGCUAUCGUGAACGUGUCGGUGCUUCCCUACGCCCCUUACUGGGAGGAGACUGCGAGAGAGGCGGAGGACGGGACCCUCGUGAAGGCAUACUCGGGCACAGACUACGAACUCCUCCACACCAUGUCCACGACCCUCAACUUCACGAUACAUGUCCUUCCAUCAAGCACGUGGGAGGAGGUUGGACAGUUGGUGGCGGAUCGGGUGUCCUUCAUGUCCCCGAUGCACCACGUCCCGGUGGCUCAGCGACUGAAGAUAUAUGACUUCUCUUAUGGAUAUGAGUAUGGGUCCUUUGCCUUCUCCGCCGCCACGCCUUCCCUCAGACCUCGCUGGCAGAGUCUGUACUAUCCCCUCUCAGACUUCGUGUGGCUAGCCGUCCUGGCAGUGCUGUGCUUCGUGCCCGUGUCACUCUAUAUAGUAAACCUGUUGGGGUCUCGGCUGGAAUUCGAGAACAAGAUCAGCUUCAGUGUGGCGAUCCAGAUGGUCACUGCCACUCUCCUAUCCCAGAACUUAUCAAUACAACUCCCUAAAUCACACGCCAACCGAGCCUUAGUGAUGGCGUGGCUAUUGUUCGCUUUCAUAGUUGGAACAGUGUACCGCGGCAACCUGACGGCCGCCCUCACCCUGCCCAAGUACCCUCCUAGACCCGAAACUGUCGAGGAUAUGGUUGAAACUUUCGACAGGAUAUCGAUGCCUUCAUACGGAGGAGUGUUCAUCGAAAACUUCAAAAACUCUUCUUACUCUGUGUUCCGAGAAAUGGGAGAAAAAAUGUUCAUCAUCAAGAGCGCCUUGGAGGCCAUGCAGCGAUCCAGAGACCUCAGGGAGUCACACGUGGGCUGGGAGAGUUACAUGGCCACUAUAAUCGCUCGCCAUUUUAUUAUGGCAGACGGAAGUGCCCAAAUUUACCUGGGACGUGAGAGUGUGUCCCGCACCCUAACAGCCUGGCCGCUGCCUCACGACGCGCCCUUCAAGAGACAAGUGGACGCAAUCAUGGUGACAGUGUUGGAGGCAGGACUGUAUGAGAAGUGGCGAUCUGACUUCCUGGAUGCAGUGAAGAAGGAGACUCGCGAGAAGCAAAAGAAAGCACUUGAAGGAGAGGCGGAAGGAAAUCCCGAGGACACUGGCGGGUUGGUGAACGCCCUUAACUUGGUGCACAUGCAGGGACCGCUGCUACUGCUGCUGCUGGGCCUCGGUGGAGCUGGUUUUGUGUUCGCUGUGGAAGUACUUGCCUUUUCUAGUCCUUUCUUCACUUGUAUAUAAAGAUGCAGUUUAGGUUUGAGUGACUGAUUUUAACAUUUCCCAGUCAGUGCAGUAACCAAUAUUCGUGUCAGUUUUAAUGAGGACAACUACUGUGGCUGACCUUUUUAUUGUGAAGCUACAGGGACAUGACCUUUGAAAUUAAUGCCUGAUAAGUUGUUAAAACGCUGAAAGUGCCGAAUAGUAUUAAUCACCUAUGUCACCGAUUUAACCUUUGUCAGAAAACUUCAUCGGUGCCUUUAAUUUUUAAGUGUUAAGAGGGAUUAAAAAGUAAGGAAACUGAGGUAAAAAGCCUUUUCACCUGCUGUUCACAUAAAGUACUGGAGUAAAAGACAUUAAAUACAAGGACUAAUUUAAUGGUUCGUUUUAAUUGUCAAAGUAAUCA